UGAACAGUUAAAUGACGGAAAUGCCCUCCUAUGACACGCGUCUAUCAUCGCCGGUUCUCCUGCUUCGAUUUUGUUGGUUCUUUCUUUAGGGUUUUCUUUGGUUGUCCUGUCGUUGAUGCCUACUCUUGCCUUGCUUUUCUUUGUGCCUCAAAUUUUCCUCUUGCACUGCUUCUGAUUUUCCCAUCUUUCUUUUGCCCCGUGAAUUAGCAAGUGUGCUUUUUGUGGUUCAAAAGGAUUGGAUUCCUAGAAAUAUCAUUUUUGUCUCAUGUUUUUUGGCGUUUGCUGGAAAAAAAAAAGUUGAAAUUGGUAUUGUGCGAUACCGUUAUCGCAAAAACAGAGCGUUUUCUUUGAAUCAUUAGAGAGGAAGUCUUCUGAGUCACAUUUGUUGGGCGAUUUUUUCGUCGAUGCUCAUGUCUUUUUUCUGCUGAAGUAGCUAGAAAGAACAAUUGUGGCUUGAAGUCUUCGUAUUUGAAAGUUGAAUCUCAACCUUUGAAAGGCUUUGUAAACGUGUCAUCACGUGUGUAGCAGACCUUCAUAGGAAUUUGGGAUAGGACUUCUGAGCUGAAGUUGAUGGAUUGAAUUUUGAGUUUCCUCACCGAUUAGUGUGUUUAAAAAAUUCCAACCUGUACCCUGGCUGAAGACAAAUAAUUUUUCUUCACACUUGAUACAGAGGCAAAAGAAAAGAGGAGUUGGAAUAGGUUAUGUGGACUUUGGGGAUAAAACUUAUAAAUGUAUCCACUGUGGUGCUUACUUUUGGUUAAAAGAAUCUCUUAAACAAGCAUCCAAAAAAAAUGAACCCGUUUUUACUCUUUGUUGUCAACAAGGAAAAAUUGCUUUUCCAACUCCAAAAGCGACACCACCUUUUUUAGAAUCUUUGCUUGAUCCAAAUGGAGGCCAAAAAAGUUUAUCAUUUCGAGAAAACAUUAGAGCGUACAAUUCAAUGUUCUCAUUUACUUCAAUGGGUGCCAAAGUUGAUCACUCAAUUAAUGAUGGGUCAAGCCCUUAUAUUUUCAAAAUUAGUGGGCAAGUUUGUCAUCUGAUGGGAUCUCUUUUACCAGCUGACAAUGAGUCUCCAAAGUUUGCUCAAUUGUAUAUUUAUGAUACAUAUAAUGAAGUUCAGAAUCGUCUUAGAGCUUUUGAAUCUGAUGGAAAUAAUAAAAAACUUGAUCCAAAAAUUGUUGAAGGUUUGAUUAAAAUGUUUGAUGCAUCAAAUAAGUUAGUUAAGCUAUUUCGAACAGCAAGGGAUAAAUAUGAAACUGAUGGACUAAUUUCUUUAAAAAUGAGAAUAUUAGCAAGAGAACUAACGGAUAGCAAGCAAUAUGACCAACCAACAAGUGAUGAAUUAAGUGGUUUAAUAGUUGGUGAUAUAGGACUUGCUGAUUCUAAUAGAGAUAUUAUUAUAGAGUCUAAAAGUGAAGGGUUAAAGCGUGUCACAAAAUUAAAUCCAAAAUUUAUGUCUUUGCAAUAUCCUAUUCUUUUUCCAUAUGGUGAAGAUGGGUAUAGACCAGAUUUAAAGUGGAGUGAAAAUUAUAAAGGUCCAAAAACUAAAAGACAAAGAAUACCCAUGAGAGCUUUUAUAGCUUACCAAAUUCAAGAACGAGACCCAUGUUUAACAACAUUGUUAAAAGGAGGAAGGCUUUUUCAACAAUAUUUGGUAGAUUCUUAUGCAACACUUGAAGAAGAUAGGUUGGAUUACAUUAGACAAAACCAAAAAAAUUUAAGAAGUGAGGUUUACAAAGGGAUUUAUGAUGCGGUGGCAAAGGGUGAUAACGAUGCAAAUAAUUUGGGCCAAAAAGUUGUGUUGCCAGCUUCAUAUACAGGAAGUCCUAGAUAUAUGAUUAAUAAUUAUCAUGAUGCAAUGCCUAUUUGUCGAGAAAAUGGACUUCCUGAUUUGUUCAUAACAUUUACUUGCAAUAUAAAAUGGCCAGAAAUUGUUAGAGAAUUUGAGAAAAAACCAGGAUUCAAACCUGAGGAUAGGCCUGAUAUAAUUUUCCGCAUGUUUAAAAUGAAACUUGAUGAUAUGCUUGACUUUAUAAAAUCUGGAAAGCCUUUUGGGGAAGUCGAAGCAAGUAAGUUUUAAAAAUUUAUUUUGUUGCUUAUAUUAAUUUGCAAUUUUUUUUUUUAAAUCAAACUAACAUCAUUUGUUUUUUCUUUGUUUGUCUAAUUUUUAUUCUUUUU